AUGGCCUCGAUACAAUCCAUCCGACGUCCCUUAACGGGCCUCGCUUCCCGCACCGCAAAGCAAAUCUCCGCCCCGGUCACAAUCAGAUCAUCAUUCCGCACCGUCCCGGAAAUAACUCGAGCCUUCGGAACCGCACCAUCGCCAUGUGUCGCUCGCGGAAUUCCCUCCGUACGCCGCAUGAAGGUGGCCCCAGUGCAACAGAGCUUCCGCCGAUGGAAAAGUGACGGAGAAUCACCCCUCAGACAAUGGGGGUUUGAAGAUAUCAACGCCUCCCUCCCGGCCUCGCCCGGAACAAAACCCCAAAAGAACCUCAUCCUCGUUGACGUGCGCGAGCCCGCCGAGUUGAGCUCUACGGGUAUCAUCCCGUCCGCUGUCUCGGUGCCGCUUGCGUCGCAGCCGGAUGCGUUUUUCCUCACGCCGGAGGAGUUCGAGACGAGGUUUGGAUAUCCCAAGCCUGGGGCUGGCGAGGAGGGUGAUAUUGUGUUUUAUUGUAAGGCUGGCGUGAGGGCCAAGGCUGCGGCGCAGUUGGCGGUGCAGGCUGGGUAUGAUGCUGAGAGGAUUGGGGUUUAUGAGGGGAGUUGGUUGGAUUGGGCGGAUAGGGGCGGUAGGGUUGAGAGGUGGGACGGGGAGUCGGAGUAA